UUUCUCAUUGCAAUGACAAUUCUUUCUUAAGUUUCGUUUUCUAACUUCUAACUUUCCUUUCAUAUUUUUCCCUCUAACCUGAACAGAAACAUUGUCCUAACAGGGCACCAUCAUUUUCUAGUGAUGUGGCUUAAUGCAAGCCAGAUGUGUAUCUCCAUUAAAUCUUAAACGUUUCUGGUGUUCGAGAAAAUGAGUACUAAGUGGUUUCCACCUCUGUCAAACUUGGAGAGAGGCGUGGACGGACUUCAUAUUGAUGACGUCACUGCCGAUACUGUGGCUACGUCGUCACGCUAUACAUUUACUUCCGGCCCCGAAACAGAACCACUGGUUCCGCCCAUUUUUCAUGCUUCCACCUAUAAACUACGGUCUGUUGAUGAUUAUCUCAAGAUUUUGAACGAGGGUGGAUACAUUUAUUCGAGAUUUAGCAACUUCAAUCGUGACUCCGUUCAAGCAGCAAUAAAUGACAUAGAAGGCGGAAAAGGUACUCUCGUUUUCUGCACUGGAAUGGCUGCAAUUUCUACAGCAUUUCUCUCUUUCCUGAAAAGUGGUGAUCAUAUAGUGGCGAAUAAUCCUUGCUACAGUGGUACAUACGACAUGGUAACAAACAUACUCCCUCGCUAUGGAAUCGAACACACCUUUGUUCCUACAGGGUGUUCGGUAGAGGAGUACCGAAAACACGUUAAACCUAAUACCAGGAUGUUAUACGGCGAGACACCCUGUAAUCCCAGUAUGGCUGUUCUUGAUCUGGAAGGGUUUGGUAAAUUGGGGAGAUCGCUGGACAAUGUGUUAACAAUAGUGGACAGUACUUUUGCCAGUCCUUAUCUACAGCCUGUUAUAAAACACGGCAUUGACAUUUCGAUGCACAGUUGCACAAAAUAUCUUGGUGGUCAUAGUGACCUUGUGGCUGGAUGUUUGACCUUUGCCUCUGUUGACCUUUGGCAGACAGUGCUUCAUUUUCAGACAACACUGGGAACAACUCUGUCACCAUACGAUGCAAGUCUCCUUCUUCGAGGAAUCAAAACCCUUCAUUUACGCAUGGAUAAGCACAGUUCUAAUGCUCAGAAAGUAGCCGAAUUCCUAGAAAACCAUCCUAAGGUAGAGAGAGUGAUGUACCCUGGCCUUCCGUCACACCCGCAACAUCAGAUUGCAAAGAAACAGAUGAAGAUGUUCAGUGGAAUGAUCGCCGCUGAGAUUAAGGGAGGAGUGCAGGGAGGGAAGACCUUAGUAGAGAAUGUGCGUCUAAUACAACUAGCGAUUUCUUUGGGAGGAGUAGAGAGUCUAAUCGAACACCCUGCCACGAUGACGCAUGGCCCAAUGCUGAUGACGCCAGAGGACAGACUGAGUGGUGGAAUAACUGAUGGUCUUGUUAGAAUUAGUAUCGGUAUAGAGGAUGCAGAUGACCUCAUCAAAGACCUGAAGCAAGCAUUAGAUAAAAUCCCCCCCCCCAGUCUCGUAGCGUAGGGGUGUUCGAAACAGCACCUUAAAAAGCACCUUCUCAGUUUUAUUCAGAGCACACACCUCAUUAUAGAUAAAGAAAGAAAACUGUGUAAUUUGUAAUUUAAACUCUUAUUUUCGUGGAUUCGCUAGUCCAUGAAUUUCUCUAUAAUUUGUAAUUAACAACAUACAACUAUAAUUGUUAUUUAAAUAGCAUCAUAUGGCCUAUCAAGCUCAUGAAGUGCUACACUGUUAAUUAACUUUUAAGUUAUGUUUCUGUAGGGUAAAAAUUUUAGUCCACAAUGAUUGAUUGCUUAAUUUACUAGUGGUACAGUUGUGCAUGUAGAAGGUGUUACUGAGUAAAAAACAGCCUGAAAAAGGUUUCAAGUGGAGAUUUUUCUUAAAAGAUAAGAAUUUCUUGAAUUUAAAAUUUGAAAAAAAUGUAAAAGAAAAAAAUCAGUUUAUCAAUUGGUAAGGUUUAAAAGUAGAAGAAAAUAUUCUGAUGACUAAACUAUUCAAUUCUCGCAUCAUUUCUCCAGUACAUCUUCUGAAGAAAUUAUAUUUUAUAAAUAAGUUGCUGAGAAUCCCGGUCUGUUUUCUUGUUCUUAUCUGUCAAUCAAGAUCAAGGUUCCUGAGUAACAUUAUUAUAUAUGCAUAUUAUUUCGCGAAAUAACGCGAAAGUUACGCGUUUAUUCGCGAAAGUUUCGCGUUAUAACGCGAAAGUUACGCGUUUAUUCGCGAAAGUUACGCGUUAUAUCGCGAAAGUUUUGCGUUAUAACGUGAAAGUUUCGCGUUAUAACGCGAAAAAUUUAUUUUUUUACCUACGAAAAUGAGCUCAAUGGGCUUUCGUUCUAUUUUGUAUAAAAAAAAAAAUAAAAAAAAAUUGCUGUAAAUGAAUGCAUCACAUGAAGACGUAAUAAAAUAUCUAAAGAAAAGUCGAAUAGAUAUGAAAUUAAAACACAUCAUUUGUUAAUAUUUUGUGGUUAAAAUCUUCUAAAAAACAGCCACACCUGGGAAGAACAUAUUUGUUAAUCAUAUAAUUUGUAAAAGAAAUUGAGACGAAAUAGCCAAAUUUUAGAGAAAUUUAUUAAACCUAUCCCAACCAUGAUUGUACAAUCAUUGGAAAUAAAUAACACUUUCCUAAGAACUCUAGUCUGUUCACGUGUAAUAAUGGUUAUAACAUUAUUGAACUUGACAAUCAAAUAGAUAUCAUCAUUGUACAUACACGAAAAAAGCAAUAAAUAUUUUAUUCAUUUUG